CGUCGUCGGCGCGUAACGUCACAUGUCGAGCUGCGCGUCGACAUCGACGACGACUGUCACCUGUCACCACCGACGGCAGGACGACCGAGCGGAAAGUCAGUGUGAGGUUAAUUGUGAGCCUGGUUUGACACAAGCCACCCGACGACAUUACGCGAAAUCGCGCCUGUGUGCGGCGCAAAAUGGCCGCGCGCACUACGCUCGUCGAGCGUGCUCACCGCGCGGAAUUAUCGCGGCUGGCGGUAGGGAAGGCGCGUUUUCGCUCAUCGACCGCGCGUCGUUCCCUCGCUGGCGAAUAUUAUCCGCCACGAUGGACGACAAAAGCGAAUUGCUGGGGUGCCUGCGUGAAAAAAUCGCCGACGGCCACGGCAUGAUCAAGCAGAUCAUGCUCAUGGACAAGAUCGACGGCGUCGACAAGCUGAUGCGAAAGAUCCAACAGGAGAUCAAGUUUCUGGAAAAAAUACAAUGCACAGAGACGGUAAAGAAGGAACAUUUACAGAGCACGAAUCUGUUUCAUCUGAACGCUGUGCUAACACGACUGGCUUGUGCGAAAAACCUUACCAAUGUGAUGAAGCCCUUCAAGUAUCAGGAGUCACGUCUGGAAGUAGAUAUAGUGUGUAACAACGGUGCGUCGUGGGUAAAGGUUAUAGCCAGAAACGCCAAAGCUUUGACCUUGAUAUCGCUUGGUAAAGGAGAAUAUGGACAAAAAUCUGUCUUAGAUCAAGCUAAUUCCUAUCUAAUGUGCAGCAAGUGUCACCUGCAUCACUACAGACCGCCAGAUGUCAUAUUCCACUUUGCUUGUGGCAUAGAGAUCCCUUUAGCGUUACGCUUGGAGCAAAUGGGUGUCAUUGUUGAGGGAGAGAGGAUAGAUACUGACUCUGAGAACUUGUAUAGUCAAUAUGAGCAACAUCUGGUAGAACACGAGCUGGAUUUACCGCAGGAAUCCACCAAUGACACUGGAGGAAAGCCGGAUGUGGAUCUGCAGUCGUUGAACACGUCUGCGCUCUCCACCGAGAUCAAACUCCUGAAUCUGGAUGUGUCGACGCUAUUAGCUUACGUUACCAACAUGGCCAAUGGACACAGCAGUUACGCUUAUCGGGAACCGCUGCUUACGCAACAGGCCGAGAUGGAGAAGAAACGUCCCAUAAAGCCGAUCCUGGAGAAUCUGUUUCGCGACAAAGACCUUAUUGCGUGCCGGACAGCGUAUGAUAACUUUAUGAGCAUCAUCGAAUUUAUCGGUGGCCCGCUGGAGACGCAGCGCGCGCGCGAGUUGUUGAAGAAGAUUCGAAUCGUCGACGAUAUGCCCACCGGACGGGUAAUGAAGUUACGCUUGGGCGGUAAAAUCAAGGAUCGAUCGCGAUUGGUGUUCGCGACCGGCGAGAACAUGAAGAGCAUCACCGUCUCCGCCAACGAAGGAUUUGUAAGAGCAGCGCGUAUGCAGGGAAUCGAGUGUACAGUUUUCCUACACGAGCCAAGAUCACUGUCGGAAAUUAAGGAAAGUAAUGCGACGAGUACACAACCAUCUUGAUGUUGCUCGAGAUCCACGU